GAUGGAGGAGGUGGUGGAAACUACCGACGGAACGAUCACGACAAACCUCACCAGCAGUCAGACAAGAAAGGGAAAGUGAUCUGCAAGUACUUUGUGGAAGGCAGAUGUACCUGGGGCGACCACUGUAAUUUCAGUCACGACAUUGAACUGCCAAAGAAACGAGAACUCUGCAAGUUCUACAUCACCGGCUACUGCGCCAGAGCUGAGAACUGCCCUUACAUGCACGGGGAUUUCCCUUGCAAGCUGUUCCACACCACAGGCAACUGCAUCAACGGGGAUGAUUGCAUGUUUUCCCAUGAUCCGCUGACAGAGGAGACGCGGGAGCUGCUGGACAAGAUGCUGGCAGAUGAUGCAGAAGCAGGAGCAGAAGAUGAAAAAGAAGUUGAAGAGCUCAAAAAACAGGGGAUCAAUCCUCUUCCCAAACCACCCCCUGGGGUUGGUUUACUGCCCACACCUCCUCGCCCUCCUGGACCACCAGCUCCAACAUCUCCAAAUGGGAGACCCAUUCCUGGAGGUCCUCCUCCUCCUCCACCACCACCUCUUCCACCUCCGGGACCGCAGAUGCCACCACCGAUGCACGAACCUCUGUCACCACAGCAGCUACAGCAACAGCAGGACAUGUACAAAAAAAUCCCCUCGUUGUUUGAGAUCGUCGUGCGGCCGACGGGGCAGUUGGCGGAGAAGCUGGGUGUGAGGCAUCCAGGUCCACCUCCUCCCAGGUUCCCUGGACCAGGAGGACCCCCAGGACCAAUGCCUGGACCCAUGCACCCCGACAUGCACCCCGAUAUGCACCCAGACAUGCACCCAGACAUGCACCCAGACAUGCACCCUGACAUGCACCCAGAUAUGCACCCAGAUAUGCACCCAGACAUGCCGAUGGGUCCAGGAAUGAACCCUGGUCCACCGAUGGGUCCCGGACCCCCUAUGAUGCCCUACGGACCGGAUGAUUCCCCCCAUUCUGGGAUGAUGCCACCAGUCCCACCAGCACAAGGUUUUUAUGACAAUUUUUACCAGCAACAGGAAGGUUUGGAGAUGGAUCACGGCAUGAUGGGAGAUCCAGAAGAUUAUGGUGAUUACGAGGACAUGGAAGGGCCUCCUGGAGAGCACAUGUUCCCGGAUCCAUCUUUGGAUCAUGAUGCUUUAUGCGAAGGGGGUCCCCCUGGUUUACCAAAACCACCUGGCAGCAUCCCUGAUUUCAUGCCAUCAGCACAAAGAGCUCUUUAUUUGAGAAUCCAGCAGAAGCAGCAAGAGGAAGAGGAGAGAGCUCGGAGAUUAGCUGAGAGUAAUAAGCAAGAACGUGAAAAUGAGGAAGGUGAUACCGGUAACUGGUAUUCCAGUGAUGAAGAUGACGGUGGAAGUAGCGUCACCUCCAUAUUAAAAACGUUACGCCAACAAAGCUCUGGUAGAUCUCACACCCAACCUUCCCAUGGAGAAAUGGGAUCAUCCUCUGGUGUCAGCGACCCUCGUCUGCAGAAAUCCCAGCCAGGAGGGAGCGGUCGUCCUGCUGAUCCACGUUUACGGGAUCCCAGACUUUCCCGGAACGCGGAUCUUUCCGUCCCGUCUCUCCCAGUGGAUUCAGGACCCACCGAUCCCAGAUUGGCUCGACACAUUCCCUCCUCCAUCCCCAAACCAGAAACUCCUCAUUGCGGUGCUGUCGGUGGUCAGAAACCCCUACGAGAUAAACCCAUCAACAUCCCUUUGGAUGCUCUCCCAGGUCAUUCCCUUCGGGAUCCUCGUUCCCAACUCCAACAAUUCAGUCACAUCAAAAAAGACGUCGUCCUCAACAAACCCAACUUCGCCCGGAUGAUCCUGUGGAGCCCAGAGGAUCUUAUCCCCUUACCCAUCCCAAAACAAGAGUUUAUUCCCAUCCCAGCUGCCCUUCAAUCCAUGCCAACCCUCGAUCCACGACUAAAUAGAUCCCAAACGGGUCUUUCUGAUCCCAGGCAAAGAGGAGGAACCACCUCAGGGGAUCCCAGUUCCUCUUCGGGUACCGGUCUCCCCGAUUUUGAGCUCCUUUCCAGGAUCUUAAAGACUGUGAACGCCGGCGGUGGCAGCUCAUCCUCCAACCAGAGCGACAAACCCAGCGACCCACGGAAACGGAAAGCUCCUGCUGAUCCCAGAUUACAAAAAUCAACAGAAACUGGGAUUUCUAGAGCUCCUAAAACCACUGAGUCUGUGUCUGUGGGUGACUCGGCUCCGGCAAUCGCUCCCUACGACCCUCGGUUGCUGACGGCCGGUGGGUUGAGUAAAGGCAGUGGGCAAAGCAGCGUGUUAAGCGCCAUCAGUUUAUACGAUCCCAGGACUCCAAAUUCAGGUAAUAAACCAUCCGAAUCACCAACUGAAGGAAAUUCCACUUCAUUAAAAUCAUCAGAUUCCAUUAAAACAACAGGAAAAACUAAUAAAGAACCACUUUUUACCCGGCGUUCGGCGUUAGAUCAACCGGAAUCGGAGAAACCAACCGGUGAAUCCACCACGGACAGAUACAACAGUUACAACCGACCGCGUCCUAAAUCCACCGCUCUCACCUCAGAAACAACCCCCCAACCUGGUAUCCACAAUCUCCCAGUACCACCAGUUUAUGGACUGGUGAAACAAAGCACUAAAUCAUCAGGAUCGGGGAGCCCGUUCGCUGGGAACAGCCCAGCCCAGGACAGCGAACAACAAGACGCCGCUUCCCUCAAAGACGUCUUUAAAGGAUUCGACCCCACGGCUUCUCCUUUUUGUCAGUAG